AACUUGCCUCAUCCUGCGUCAACCACUGCUGUCUCUCUCACUGAAAGAAAAAUCAUCAAAAACAACAAACUGAUCAAUAUGUCUGAAGAAGCUGCGACUGCCGCCCCAGCGGCCACCCCCCCUCCUGCGAAGAAAGGCAAGGCUCCGAAGAGUCCCAAGAAAGCUGGCACUGCGAAGCCAAAGGGGGCGAAGGCAGCUGCGUCUCACCCACCAACUACGCAAAUGGUCAUCAACGCGGUCAAGUCCCUUAAGGAAAGGAAUGGCUCUUCUCUGCAAGCAGUGAAGAAGUUCAUCGCCGAUACCUACAAGGUUGACACCACGAAGCAAGCCACCUUCAUUCGUAAAGCCAUUACGAAAUUGGUUGAGACUGGAAAACUGACCCAAACCAAAGGAACUGGGGCAAGUGGAUCCUUCAAAAUUCCCGUCGCUGCGAAGGUUGCUGCUGGGGAAAAGAAGGCCAAGUCUCCAAAGAAGAAAACCACCAAACCCAAGAAAGCUGCUUCCCCAAAGAAGAAGGCCGCCCCCAAGGCGAAGAAAGCUGCGUCUCCAAAAAAGAAGGCAGCUGCCAAGCCGAAGAAGGCUAAGGCCGCAGCUCCUGCAGCCGCACCCAGUGCCCCAGCUGCAGCAUCAUCAUCUCCAGCUGCACCCAAACCUGCUGCUGCCAAGAAGCCGAAGAAGUCUCCAAAAGCCAAGGCUCCAAAAGUCAAGCUUCCCAAAGCGAAGAAAGCAAAGUCCCCCAAGAAGGCGAAGCCAGCAAAGAAAGCUGCCCCCAAAAAGGCUUAAACAUCAUCAUCCUCUCUUCUAACAACAAACUUUAACCCAACGGCCCUUUUAAGGGCCACCA